GAAAAAAGUUUUAACGUUAUUAAUUGAAAAUGAUUAAUUUCACAUUUGAAACGGAUGGUCACAUUAAAGAACUUAUUAAGAUUUGCAUCAUGUUUGUUCAUCUUGGCUCAAAGCCACUUAAUAGGAACAGUUUUUCUCUCCUGAAGCUUUAACUAUUUUAGUCCAGUUAUUUACCUCUGUGGUAGAUAGAAGCAUAAAAAGCAGGAUAAUGUACAUCCAGAAGGUUGUUGUCACAAAAUAAUCCUCUUCAGGGAGAGCCCACAUCCGUUUCCAUCCCAAUAGAGACACAGAUCAUUUUGUCCUUGCAACAGAAUGUGAUUUUACUUGACUCUUAUUUUACCAUAUUGCAAGAUACCCAAGCUUUUUCUUGGUCUAAUGUUUGUUGGUUAGCAUGCUCAUCCUGUUUUCUCACUUAUAAGUGUGUCAAAGAGGGAAGGCCCAGUUACUGGAACAGCCUUAGGAGACUCACAGUGGAGAAACUGGCUUUAGCCAGACGUUUUGGCUCAGAAGAGCAGAGUCUCCUGGGGUCUGCAGGCGGCCUGUCAUCCUCCACCGGUCUGCUGUCCUCCAUACCCUCAGGACAGCCGCACUCACUGCCCAGGUAUCAGUCCACUGGUAGAUGUAACCUGUGCUGCCAAACUGCCCAUCUCUCAGGAGGAGGUCUGAACCUCUCAGCUCCGGCUGUUUAUGACUCUGUGAUUAUGGAGAACUGUGCAGAUGGUGUCGAAACCCUAGUCGAAGAUCAACACCAUACAUGCACAGCUUGCAACACCUCAUCUCUAGCAUACCCGUGUUCAUGCUGCCCACCUGGAUGUGGCCUCCAUUCCCAGACAGCCCCCUCCAGCCCUCUGCUUCAGCGGCACCACUCCAUAGAUGCCACCCGCUCUCAUCCAGCUCUGGUGUUCACAAAGCAAAACAGCCUGGAUGAGCUGAGGUCAACCGUCUAUACCGUUGCCAGCAGUAUGGACCAGAGCACCAGUGACGCUCGAGAUCUCAGGCAGAAGAUGGUAGAGGUAACUGAGAGAAUGACAGACAGUGUAGAGGAAAACGCCCAGGCAUUGAGUCUGUUGGUGGAAGUGGUGGACAAACUGCAGGGUCUUAUUAUUGCUAGCAAAUCUCCAGGAAUGACUUCCAGAUCCCAACACAUCUCAAAAAUGGCAAGUGUGCCCAACUUGCCUGGCCAGCCGAUUGCGCCAGCCAAGAAAUCUUUCAGCAACACUCCUCAUGUCUCAUCCUCCAUCUCAUCAUCUUCAUCUUCAACCACAUCAUUGUUUUCCUCCUCUUCUUUAAGCUGUAACAUGGAUUUUUCUCAUGUAGCACCACAGUGCAACUCAUGCAAGUCUUCAUCAUGCCAGACCAGAAACAGGUCUGUAAUACCAGGAAGUAAAAAUGGACAGACUUCCCUAUCAAACAGUUUGACGACCUCCACUCGUAACGAUGACUGUAAUACAAUACUGUGCCUCCCUAGCAAGAAGAAAAAGUCGAAGAUGAGGAAAUAAGAGUGACUGUGUUCCCACUUCUCUCUCCUCACUUUACUCUUUGCUGAAAUUGCUGGUUUUGACUUUACCGAAUGCUGUGAUGUUGUUCACUACAAUGGAACUACACUACA